CCUCUCCCAACAGAGCCCCCGAUUCUCUCUCUGCUCUCUACACUCAAAUUCACUGAGACGAGCUCCGAUCAGCGGCAAUGGCCAUGGCUAUGGCGUCCUCCAUUUCUCUCUGCUUCUUCACUCUUUUUGCUUUACAUUCUUCAUUCCUAAUCCUCGCACAUUCAGUCGCCGGAGCCUCCGAGCCCGAGGAGUUCGUCGUCGCUUUGGAUCAUUCUAAUUUCACUGACUUCGUUAGCAAACUCGACUUCCUUAUCGUCUCCUUCUACACUCCCAGAUGUGGACAUUGUAAGAAGCUGGCACCGGAGUAUGAGAAGUCUGCGAAUAUCCUCAGUAAACACAAUCCUCCUUUGACUUUAGCAAAAGUUAACAUUUUAGAUGAAGCAAAUACGGGGCUUGCUGGAUCCAAAGGCGUCAUUUCUAUGAAGAUUGUGAGAGAUGGAGGUAAGGUUGUUCAAGAGUACAAGGGCCCUGAGGUUGCAGAUGGUAUUGUUGAAUAUGUGAAGAGACAGUAUGGGCCUGCCUCUGUUGAAAUAAACACUCUGGAGGCUGCCCAAAAGUUCAUAUCUGACAAGAAGAUUGGUAUUGUUGGCAUAUUCCCUCAAUUUUCUGGGGAGGAGUUUGACAACUAUACCAUCGUAGCCAAGAAAUUGCGUCCUACGGAGGAGUUUUUUCAUACUUCAGAUGCCAAACUUCUUCCUCGUGGCGAAUCGUCUGUCACUGGUCCCUUAGUGAGGCUGUUCAAGCCAUUCGAUGAGCUUUUUGUUGAUACCCAGGAUUUUGACGUGGAUGCUCUUGAGAAAUUUGUUGAAAAAUCAAUUGUACCAACUGUAACUGUCCUGGAUGGCGACCCUAACAAUCAGCGUCUAGUUAACAAUUUCAUGCUUAAUGCCAAUUCGAAGGUCAUGUUGUUCAUAAAUUUUAGCAGUGAGAUUGCAGCUUCCUUUAAAUACAAGUACCAUGAACUUGCUAAGCUGUACAAAGGAGAUAGCUUCAGUUUUCUAAUGGUUGAUAUUGAUGCUGGUUCUCAUGCUCUUAAGCAAUUUGGAGUUAAGGAUGAUCAGUUACCUGCUAUCCUCAUACUGAAUGUUAGAGUAAAGUAUCUAAAGACCAAUGUGGAACCUGAUCAAAUUUCUUCUUGGUUGAAGAAAUAUAAGAACGGGGAAUUGCAACCAUUCAUAAAAUCUGAACCUAUACCAGAGCACAAUGAUGAACCCGUGAAAGUAGUGGUAGCUCACACAUUUAAUGACACAGUCAUCAACUCGGGGAAGAAUGUUCUGCUUGAGCUUUGUGCUCCUGUGAGUAAAAACUGCAAAGAGUUUGCUCCAACUCUGAAUGGUGUUGCCAUCUCAUAUAAAAGCGACCCGAAUGUCGUAAUUGCUACAUUCAAUCCUUUAGAAAAUGACUUGGUACAUGGUGAGUUUGAAAUCUGGGGAUUUCCCUCAGUUUACUUCAAGUCAGCUACUGGAAACAUAUUGCCAUAUGAAGGGUAUGACACCAAGGAAGACAUCACAGAUUUCAUCGAAAAGAAUAGGUCGAAAGCUGAUGAUAAACAUAACGAUUCAAAUUUGAAGGAUGAGCUCUGAGGACGGUAAACUCUGCACGCUCACAUUUUCUUUGAAUGUUGAGUGCUUCGGAGGGAGCAGUUUUCAUGUGAUGCCUUCGCCUUCUCAGUUGAGCAUGGAGAUUUUUUCGGUCAGUUUAUUUUCAGGCUUUGCUCCAAUCAAUAAGAUGACUUGUUCGAACUUGAGCUGUUAUUAUAAUAAUAAUUUCGAUAUGUUCAACAUGGCAA